AUUCAUUCAAUCAACAAGCCAUGGAAGUAGAACAACGAUCCAAAAAAGACGACGAUCUCAAUGGAUCUAAAUCCAACGAAGGAGAAGAAGAAAUCUCCGUCGAAAGAAUCUUCGAAGCGAGUCACGAAAUCCCACCACCGUGGCAAAAACAGCUCACGUUUAGAGCUCUAAUCGUGAGUUUUAUACUCGCGAUUCUGUUCACGUUUGUGGUGAUGAAACUGAAUCUAACGACUGGGAUUAUUCCGUCGCUUAAUAUCUCCGCCGGUUUACUUGGUUUCUUCUUUGUUAAAAGUUGGACUAAGAUUCUUAAUAAAGCUGGUUUUCUUAAACAACCGUUUACUCGUCAAGAAAACACCGUUAUUCAGACUUGUGUCGUCGCUUCCUCCGGCAUCGCUUUUAGCGGUGGGUUUGGUAGUUAUCUGUUUGGAAUGAGUGAUAUUGUUGCUAAACAAUCUGCGGAAGCUAAUACUCCAAUGAACAUAAAGAAUCCUCAUUUGGGUUGGAUGAUUGGAUUUCUCUUUGUUGUUAGCUUUCUUGGUCUUUUCUCUGUGGUUCCUCUUCGAAAGAUCAUGAUUGUCGACUUCAAAUUGACAUAUCCUAGUGGUACUGCCACUGCCCAUCUCAUUAACAGCUUCCACACACCUCAAGGUGCCAAACUCGCAAAGAAGCAAGUCAGAGCAUUGGGGAAGUUCUUUUCAUUCAGUUUCUUGUGGGGUUUCUUUCAAUGGUUCUUUACUUCUGGUGACGAUUGUGGUUUCGCUAACUUCCCUACAUUUGGUCUCAAAGCCUAUGAAAACAAGUUCUACUUUGAUUUCUCUGCUACAUAUGUUGGUGUUGGAAUGAUUUGCCCUUAUCUUAUCAAUGUAUCUCUUCUCAUCGGAUCAAUUCUCUCAUGGGGUGUUAUGUGGCCUCUCAUUGGUGCCCAAAAAGGCAAAUGGUAUUCUGCUGAUCUUAGUUCAAGCAGUCUCCAUGGUCUUCAAGGCUACAAGGUGUUUAUAGCCAUAGCUAUGAUCCUCGGUGAUGGUCUCUACAACUUCAUCAAAGUUUUAGGCCGCACUGUCUUCGGUCUAUACAAGCAAUUCAAGAACAAAGAUGUUCUUCCUGUCAACGACCGUUCAUCACCAGCCACUGUAACCAUUUCUUACGACGACAAAAGAAGAACAGAGCUUUUCCUCAAAGACAGAAUCCCAUCAUGGUUUGCUGUAACUGGUUACGUAGUCAUGGCUAUAGUCUCAAUCAUCACCGUUCCACACAUCUUCCAUCAGCUCAAAUGGUACCACAUUUUGACCAUGUACAUAAUCGCCCCUGUCUUAGCCUUUUGCAACGCCUACGGUUGCGGACUCACUGACUGGUCCUUAGCUUCCACUUAUGGAAAACUCGCAAUUUUCACCAUCGGAGCCUGGGCUGGUGCAGCCAAUGGAGGCGUCUUAGCUGGACUUGCAGCUUGUGGUGUCAUGAUGAACAUUGUCUCAACAGCUUCUGAUCUUAUGCAAGAUUUCAAAACAGGUUACAUGACAUUAGCCUCACCGAGAUCAAUGUUCUUGAGCCAAGCGAUUGGAACCGCCAUGGGCUGUGUGAUCUCUCCUUGCGUCUUCUGGCUAUUCUACAAAGCUUUCCCCGACUUUGGCCAAACCGGGACCGCCUAUCCUGCUCCCUACGCCUUAGUCUACAGAAACAUGUCGAUACUCGGAGUAGAAGGAUUCUCUGCUUUGCCCAAACACUGUCUCAUGCUCUGCUACAUAUUCUUCGCAGCAGCAGUGAUCGUCAACGGUGUAAGGGAUGCCGUGGGGCCAAAGUGGGCUCGGUUUAUCCCCCUCCCGAUGGCUAUGGCUAUACCAUUCUACAUAGGAGGUUACUUCACAAUCGAUAUGUGUGUGGGAAGUCUCAUAUUGUUCAUCUGGAGGAAGCUGAAUAAACCAAAGGCCGAUGCGUACUCUUCGGCCGUUGCUUCGGGUUUGAUCUGCGGUGAAGGUAUUUGGACGUUACCAAGCUCUAUACUUGCCUUGGCUGGUGUUAAGCCUCCUAUUUGCAUGAAGUUCUUGUCCACCGCGGCCAACUUGAAGGUUGAUUCCCUCUUAAACGCUUCUUAGUUCUCUUUUUUUUUUUUUAAUUUGGUUUUUUAGAGUUUGGUUUUUAAUUUUCUACGUUUAUGUCUAGUUUUAAUUGGCUUUUUAGGUCCUCCUCUAUCUUAAAUUGGUUGUUAUUUCUUUCUACUCAAAUAUGUAAAAAGAAGAUUGAAUGAAUUAUUUGGUUUUAU